UGUAGUAUUUCGUGGUGUACGGUGUAAAUACCAUAAUGCAGUCAACUUUGAGAUUGUCUCGAUGUACAAGACUUUUGAGCAUUCAGAAAAACUCGAAACAAUUGUCAAAGAGUCUUGCCACACCACCUGUGGGUCAUCAGAGGUGUAUGAAGUAUGAAGAGUUAUUGCCGGAAAAGGAUGAGUUUCAAUCUAGACACAUUGGCCCUAGGGAUUGCGAUCAACUGGAAAUGUUGAAAGCAAUUGGUUUCCAGUCAUUAGAAGAUCUGACAAAAACUGCAGUUCCUGCUCGAAUCAGACGGGAUAAGGACUUGGAUAUCGCAAGUCCUAUGACUGAAUAUGCGUUGAUGAAGAAAAUAACACAGAUGUCUACGAAAAAUGAAGUUUGGAGAACGUACAUCGGAAUGGGGUAUUACAAUUGCUGUGUUCCACCCACAAUAAUGAGGAAUAUAUUCGAGAAUCCUGGAUGGACAACCCAAUACACCCCGUACCAGCCAGAAAUAGCUCAGGGACGUCUUGAGAGUCUCUUGAAUUACCAAACAAUGAUUUGUGACAUGACUGGAAUGGAAGUUGCCAAUGCUUCACUGCUGGACGAGGGUACAGCUGCAGCCGAGGCCCUAGCUCUGGCCCAUCGUCACAAUAAGCGGAAAAAGCUCUUCGUAUCAGAUAAAGUUCACCCUCAAACGAUCAGUGUAAUUGCAACUCGAAUUGGCUCACUUGGUCUCACCCUCGAAGUCGGUGACGUCUUCAACGUGGACACGAGCUCCAAAGAAGUCGCUGGAAUAUUGCUACAGUAUCCAGACACAACUGGUGCUAUUCACAAUUAUGGAGAAGUCGUAAAUAAAGCGCACGCCGAUGGGACAUUAGUAUGCGCAGCAGCGGAUCUGCUGUCUCUAGCGAUUCUCCAACCCCCAGGUGAAUUCGGCGUUGACAUUUGCAUUGGUACAAGCCAGCGAUUUGGUGUACCCCUGGGAUACGGUGGUCCCCACGCCGGAUUUUUUGCGUGUCGCAAGAAUUUCGUUAGGUUGAUGCCAGGAAGAAUGAUCGGUGUAACUAGAGAUGCAGACGGCAAAGAAGCGUACAGACUGGCCCUUCAAACACGAGAGCAGCACAUCAGAAGGGACAAAGCUACGAGUAACAUCUGUACGGCCCAAGCGUUAUUAGCAAACAUGUCUACAAUGUAUGCAGUCUACCAUGGCCCUGAGGGGAUCAGAAAAAUCUCCACGAGGGUCCAUCACUUGACAUCAGUGCUGGCCAGGGGCCUGGAGCUCUCAGGAAAUAAAAUGAGUAAUGAAAUUUUCUUUGACACCAUUACAGUGACACCGAGGGAGUCCCUCGAGGUGAUCAAAAAGAAUUGUGAGGCCAUGAAAAUCAAUCUGAGGUACAAUGACGAUGGCACUGUCGGCAUAUCCCUGGAUGAGACUAGUCUUCCAGAGGAUAUCGAUGACCUCUUCAAAGUAUUUAGCUCAAAUCAGACUGUUCAAGGAAUUCUGGAUACACAGGCUCUAGAAAGCGAUUUAUUGAAAUCAUCAUUUAAACGUAAGACUGCGUACUUGGAACAUCCAGUAUUCAAUAUGCAUCACUCUGAGACGAGAAUCGUGCGUUAUAUGAAGGCAUUGGAGAACAAGGAUGUGUCAUUGGUGCACAGUAUGAUACCGCUGGGUUCCUGCACCAUGAAACUCAACUCAACCACUGAGAUGAUGCCGUGCAGUCUCCCAGGUUUCACUGACAUGCAUCCAUUCGCUCCAGUGGAGCAAGCCCUCGGAUACAAAGAGCUCUUCACCCAACUCGAGGCAGAUCUUUGUGCCAUCACCGGUUACGAUGGCAUAAGCUUUCAGCCGAACAGCGGAGCCCAAGGGGAAUACGCAGGACUGCGUGCAAUUCAGUGUUACCACGAGUCUCGUAAUGACCGGGAUCGAAAGGUCUGUCUCAUUCCGAUAUCAGCCCAUGGGACAAAUCCGGCUUCAGCGCAAAUGGCAGGCAUGCAGGUAGAGCCGAUUUUUGUCAGGAAGGACGGAUCCGUGGAUACUGUACACCUUAAGGAGAUGAUAGACAGAUAUCGAAAGGAUCUAUCCUGCCUCAUGAUAACGUACCCAUCCACCAAUGGCGUCUUCGAGGAGACAAUUUUAGAUGUCUGUGAUAUGGUACAUGAGGCUGGGGGUCAGGUAUAUCUCGAUGGGGCCAAUAUGAACGCUCAGGUGGGCCUUUGCAGACCUGGGGACUACGGUAGUGACGUCUCGCACCUGAAUCUUCACAAGACAUUCUGCAUUCCCCAUGGGGGAGGGGGUCCUGGUAUGGGGCCCAUCGGCGUCAAACGUCACCUGAUGCCCUUUCUCCCUCGACACCCAGUCAUUGACUCACCUAGAAAGGGAUUUCCUGCUGACCUUGGGACAGUCUCGGCAGCCCCAUUCGGGUCGUCGGCAAUCCUCCCCAUCUCCUGGGCGUACAUCAAAAUGAUGGGGCCCAAGGGACUACGCAAGGCCACACAAAUUGCCAUCCUCAAUGCCAAUUACAUGAGCAAACGACUGGAGAAUUAUUACAAUACUCUUUACAAAGGGGAGACUGGACUCGUUGCUCACGAAUUCAUUAUUGAUAUCAGGGAUUUCAAGAAGACAGCUAAUAUCGAAGCUGUUGAUGUCGCUAAGCGCCUCAUGGACUAUGGAUUUCAUGCACCCACUAUGAGCUGGCCUGUUGCUGGAACUCUCAUGGUCGAACCCACGGAGUCGGAGGAUAAAAUUGAAUUGGACAGAUUUUGUGAUGCCUUGAUAGCUAUUAGAGGGGAAAUCCAAGAUAUUCAAGAUGGGAAGAUGGAUGCCGAUAUUAAUCCAUUGAAAAUGGCGCCACACACCCAGGAACAGGUAAUCAGUUCCAGUUGGAAUAGGCCUUACUCUCGAGAAGUCGCUGCAUUUCCUCAGACAUCCACGAAGACACCAAAAAUCUGGCCGAGUGUUGGUAGAAUUGAUGACAUCUACGGCGACAAAAAUCUAUUCUGCACUUGUCCACCGAUUCUCCAGCAACAAUAGGACUCACCAUAAAUGUUCUUUUCAUAUUUAUUU